AUGGCGACCAGCAACGGCACCGCUAUGACAGAAAAAGAGGAAGCUACGGCAGAUGACGGCGGACUGUUGGAUCUGGAGGAGGGGACGGUUGAGAUCGACGCAGACGCCGAGCCUGGCGAUGUGGAGUGCGACGCGAUCGAAGGUCUCCUCGAGGUAGGGGGCGGCGACGCAUGCGACGAGGAUCUUGGAGAUGGCGACGACGGUCUCGGCGACGCGUGCGACGAGAAUCUUGGAGAUGGCGACGACGGUCUCGGCGAAGGAUGCGACGUGGAUAUCGGAGAUGGCAACGACGGUCUUGGCGACGCAUGCGACGUGGAUCUCGCAGCUGGUGACGACGUCGGCGACGCCGGCGACGACGAGGGCGAGGCCGAGGUUCACAAGGCUAAGAAGGCGAGACCCGACCCUUCGAUCCUGGCCGAUGCGCCUCAGCCAGCGAACGGCUGCGAUGCUUCUGCGAAGAAGGAGGCCGCUAUGCCGGAUGAUCCAACGGCCGUGGCUCUAAACCCCGCAGACUGCAGCAUCGAUUUCGCCAUAUCAGAUCGUGGUCUGCUGGGAGCGGGCUUGUCGCACGGCGGCUUCGCGUACAUGUGGUCGGGCGCGCGCGCCAACUACGGCAUCGCGCUGCGCUCGCCGCCUUCCGCCACCCCCGCAUCAGCCUCGGGGGCAGCGGACGCUGAUGCUGCUGCGCGCGCGGCGCAGGCGGGGGAGACAGCGCAAGUCGAAGGGGGAGAAGCGGCGGAAGGAAGGGGGCCGGCCGAGGCUGGAGCGGCGAGUGCGCAUGAUGGCGGCGGCGGCGGCGGCGGCGGCGGGCGGUACUGUUUCGCGUGUGUGGUGGAGGAGGAGCAGGCGCUGGACGCGCGGGUGCUGCGGGGAGGGGCGGCGGGCGCGGCAGCCCCGGGAGGGGCAGCAGCGGCGGCUGACAAGGCGCAAGGGGGCACGGGCGGGGAGGCGGUGGUGGGAAUUCCGGAGGAAGAGAGAUAUAUGUGUCGGGUAGGCGUGUCCACGUUGGAUACUGACGUGGAGUCGUUGGGAGAGACACGUGGCAGCUUCGCGUACUGCAGCAGUGGGAAGAAGGUCGCAGGGGGCGUGGUUUCCCCCUACGCGCGCCCCUGGGCGCGCGGGGACGUGGUGCUGUGCGCCGUGGACCUGCCUGCGCGCGCCCUCGCCUUCGCCCUCAAUGGCGCCUGGCUUGGCGAGGCCUUCCGCCUCCCGCCUUUGAGGAGCGCUGCGGAGCUGGCAGAAGGGGGAGGAGGGGGGGAAGGGGACGAGGGGGCCGGGGGUGGGGGAGUAGGAGAGAUGGGGAGUGCUGAGGCGCGGGAGGGUGGAGAAGGAGUGGGCGCUGUUGUGGGGAAAGGGGAAGGGGUGGUGGAUGUGGAGGAGAAAAGGAAAGCGGAGGAGGGUAAAGCAGGGGGGGAUGGUGUGGCAGUGGAGGUUAAACGGGCGGAGGGCGAUGGGGAAGUGGCGGCUGGAGGGGGUGGGGGAAAAGGGGAAGAGGUGGGGGGAGGGGAGACCAGUGAAGGGGAAGGGAAGAAAGAAACGGAUAGAACGGUUGAAAAGAGGGAAGAGGGAGGGGAGGAGGGCAAGGAAGGGGAUGAAGAGGCCAAGGAGGGAAAGAAGGAGGGCAAGGAGGGAAAGGAGGAGGGCAAGGAGGUGGGGAAAGAGGGAGUAGAGAAGGACGGAGAGGGAAGGAAGGAGGAGGAAGGGGAGGAGGCCAAGGAGGGAGGGGAGGAAAGCAAGGAGGGGACGAGAGAGGGAGGGGGUGUGGGCGAGGGGGAGAAGGGCAAGAGCACAGUAAUGGAGGUGGAUGGUGGCGAGCAGGGGCGAGGGGUGGGUGGCACGGGUGGUGCUGGUGAUGCCACGGGGGAAGACAGCGUGAGUGGUGGUGGCGUGGAGGGCGGGCAUGCGUGGGUGGGAGCAGCGCUCUUCCCCCAUGUGCUCGUGAAGAACGUCAAAGUGCGCCUGCAGUUCUCACUAGCGGAUGGCCUCUCACCCCCCCCGGGGUACCUGCCCUGGUCGGACGCGCCCCUCCUCUCCCCGCCCUGCGCCGCCCCUCCCGAGGCUAGCGCUGCCCUCGCUACCACCGCCCCUACAAGCAUGCCCGCCGCUGCCGCGGCCCAGAGCAGUGGGGAGACAGCGGCGAAGCCGGAGGCGGGGCAUGGGGAGAGCGGCGAUCGGUCCGAGGCCGCAGAGGGCUCACAGAGGGCAGGGGCAGAGGGAGAGGUAGGGGCAGGGGCAGGGGCAGAAGCAGAGGGGGAGGGGGGUGGAGCAUCGGGAGCAAGUGAAGCGGGGGGAGAGGCCGUGGUGGUGCGUGUGGCGGGGCCGGCGUUGGGCAAGAGGGAGGAGUGCGAGGUGGUGAUGAUGGUGGGGCUGCCAGGGAGCGGCAAGUCCACGUGGGCGGCGGAGAGGGCGAGGGCACACCCCGAGAAGCGCUAUGUGGUGCUGGGCACUGACCGCGUGCUGUCCCUCAUGCAGGGGCCAGGUGGGCCAGGCAAGCAGGGCGAGCGGAGCGAGGAGGGGUACGGGCAGCGGUGGGCGGCGCUGAUGCCGAUGGCGUCGCAGGUGUUUGGCGAGCUGGUGGAGCGCGCUGCAGCGCUGCCGCGCAACUACAUCCUGGACCAGACCAACGUGUACGCCCACGCCCGCCGCCGCAAGCUGCGCCCCUUCCACCUCUUCAAAAAGGUGGCGGUGGUGGUGGUGCUGACGUACACAGAGUGGAGGCGGCGCAGUGAUCGUCGCACCAAGGAGACGGGCAAGGAGGUGCCUCUUCUCGCAGUGCAGGAGAUGAAAGCCAACUUUGUGCUGCCGCUGACAGCAGCGGAGUCGCGGGGGCGGGACGUGUUUGACGAGGUGCUGUACCCCGCACUGCCGCGCCCCCAGGCGCACCGCAUAGUGGACCGCGACCGCUUUGAGGCACAGCGCCUGCUGCAGGCCACCGCCAUCACCGCCAACCGCCCCUUCACCUCCGCGCCCCUCCUCCCUCACCACCAACACCAGCGGCAGCAGCAGCAGCAGUUCCACCGGCCUUUCCCCCAGGGCCCACCCAUGCGCCCCAUGCCCCCCAUAGGCAUGGGCAGGGGUAUGGGCAUGGGCAUGGGCCCUGCUGCGUUGGGGCCGCCCUUCCCCCGCGCUCCCCACCGCGCCCUCCUCAGCUCCCCCCCGAGCCGCGCAGGUCCUCCUCCCCACCGCAUGCUGCACCACCCAUCCCCCCCACUUGUGCACCCCCGCCCUGGCCCGCCCUCCCCCUUCACGCCUCAAAUGCGCCCCUCUGUGCUCUUCUCCCCUCCCCUCCGCGCCUCCCCACCCAUCGGCCCCUCCCCCCGCCUCGGUCCUCCUCCUGGGAGGUUCAACACCUCCCCCAUACAGCACUCCAUGCCAGCGCGCCCAUCACACCUCCUCCGCUCUGCCCCUCCGCCCUCCACCUUCCCUCAGUUCUCCCAGCAACGCCUCCCUGCACGCGGCCCCCCUGAUGUGCGAGCGCCCAGCCCUCACACGCCCGCCCACCAGCGGGCAGGCCAGCACGUGGGUGCACCCGUGCAACCCCUGAGCAGCAGCAGCAGCAGCAGCAGCAGUGCCGUCGCUCACACUGCGCCCCCUCGCAUCUGGCCUUGGCUGGUACUCCUCGACUUCUGCUGCUGCGCAGCCCAGUGGGGUGGCUGGAGGAGGGGUGGGCUUGGGGGCAGGUCAAGGCAUUGCCGGGGGAUGGCAGGGCAAAGGUUGGGCCCACAAGGAGUAAGGCCUGUGCUUGGGCCGCCUGGUGGGGCUGCAGGACACAGAGGUGGGCCUCUGGGAGGGCACGCUCACACUGCUGGCCCGCUGUAUCCGCGUGGCCCACGGUUCCCCUUUCCACGUGGGUGA